UUUAACCGCCUGUAGAGCCUCCUUGGUUUUCGUGCGUCAUGGCGCGGUGAUGUCUGUCGGCGCGCGCGGGUCCUCGGUGCGUAAAAUGUGCCAACUGCGCUUUUUCUUGUCCAUUUUCCACACGCGCUCCUUUACCCCCUAGAAAGGCGCCCGGUCCAGUAACAGGACACUAAUCUAUUUAUAACAUCCAGCUCAGCGGACAGGCUGAUGCCCAGAACAUGGACCCUCUCUACAAUAACACCGACUGUAACCCCGCGAACGGGACCAACGUUUUCGUGAACUGCAGCGACGGCUUCAACCAGUUCAUCCAGCCGGUGUGGCAGAUCACACUGUGGGCUGUCGCUUACUGCAGCAUCGUGGCGGUGUCCGUGGUCGGAAACAUGGUGGUCAUCUGGAUUAUUCUGGCGCAUAAACGCAUGAGGACCGUUACAAAUUACUUUCUGGUGAAUCUGGCCGUUGCCGAGGCCUCCAUGUCUGCAUUCAACACGGUGAUCAACUUUGCCUACGCUGUUCACAAUGAGUGGUACUUCGGUUUGGUUUACUGCCGCUUCCACAACUUCUUCCCCAUCGCAGCCAUAUUUGCCAGCAUUUACUCCAUGACGGCCAUUGCACUGGACAGGUACAUGGCUAUCAUCCACCCGCUGCAGCAGAGGCUGUCCUCCACACAGACCCGAGUGGUGAUCGCUGUGAUCUGGAUGCUGGCUCUGCUGCUAGCCUUCCCUCAGUACCACUACUCCUCUACAGCCCUGCUGCCUGGACGCACAGUCUGCUACAUCGACUGGCCUGAAAACACCAGUGUGGACUUCAAGAAGAUCUACUAUGUGUGUGUGGCACUGCUGAUCUAUUUCUUGCCCCUUUGCAUCAUGGGAUGGGCUUACACGACGGUAGGUGUCACCCUCUGGGCGAGUGAGAUUCCCGGAGAUUCGUCUGAACACUACAAAGAGCAGCUUACCGCUAAACGGAAGGUGGUGAAGAUGAUGAUCGUGGUGGUGUGUACGUUCGCUGUCUGCUGGCUGCCCUAUCACAUUUACUUCCUGCUGCACCAGUUCUUCCCCGAGCUAUUCGAGCAGCUCUACAUCCAACAGGUGUACCUUGCUGUCAUGUGGCUGGCUAUGAGUUCUACCAUGUACAACCCCAUCAUCUACUACUGCCUCAACAGCAGGUUCAGAGCAGGUUUCCAGCAGGUGUUUUGUUGCUAUACUCCGGCUGUUGCCAAAGAGGAGCUGGAGCUCAAAUCACCUCGAUACCUGCAGACACAGGUGAGCAUAUAUCGAGCCACUCGGAUAGAGACUGCUGUUUUCACGGCUGCCCAUCCUGCUACAGCCAAACAAACUGGAGCAGAGCUGCCGUCCCUCGCUGAUCACAGCCAGCCUAAAGUGGAGGGCUCAGAAACGCUUCUCAAGAACCCUCACAGUCCCUCACAGUAGAGAGAACAUCAUCCAGAGCAAUGUACUGGAAACAAAGUGCUGAUAUGUGGAUGGAACCUGGUGCUGGUGAGGGAGUCUGGUGCACAGAUAGUAAAGAAAUCUACACUGCUUUUGUACAGAUUAAGUGCAUUAUUCAGCCAUGCCAUUUUAUUCUAACCGCCUCACCAUGUGGAUUCCCGUAUCCGAGGGAGGAUGAGGAAGGUCUGAAAACAAACGUUUGACAGAAGCCGUAUGAACACAUCACUUCAUCACUCAGCAUGUGUGCAGCUUGGACUCCUCACCUCCAGCAUUCUCAGGCUGGUUGUGGAAAACACGAGCGUUAUCUUCCCCUGAGAACGGUGUCACAUAGAGCUUCGACGCUGUGUUUGCAUUGUGUGGAUACAGAAGGACAGCUUGUAGAGAGUGUUUCUGUGUGCAGAGCUCACACCUGUUGGCCAGGAUUAGCCCCUUGUUUUGACAAUGUGUGGAACCGGGUUCAGUGUGCAGCAGCAGGGUCACAGGCCAGCUAAAUAUAGGAGCGGCACAGGGAACAUGAGACACAUAUAGAAGGACGGAUAACGUGCUGAAGGAAAGAAAAGGAUAGGAAAACAUUAGAAGGUGAAAUGCAUCUCUGUUUACAUGCUGACGAGUGGGGGGAAGUGGUUCAUCGCUGCUAUGGAAUGAAGCUAUUUCAGCCUCACAGACAGCAGCUGCACAGAACCAGUCAAAGAAUGUCCACAUCCAGUUAAUUGGACAGUUACUCUGCUUUGAGUGUUUGUAGAGCUUCGAACAAACAUGUCAGUACCAAGUACUUUGAUGGCAUGUGUUUAAAGGACAUCUUAUCAUUGAUUAGCAUACAGAAAAUUUUAAUGUCAUUUUUUUUUAGUUUCCUAAAUAAAGAAAUGGUAUCUUUCUUUAUUUAGAAGAUGGUUCUUUAUGCACUUUAUGUGGUUCUUUAAAGCUUUAAGUGUUCUUCAUUUCUAUGGGACUUAUUUGGUUUGGUAGCAGCUAACAGGUAAAAAUUAGUGUUUAUAGAAUUUGGCUAACAAGUUGGCAUGAUCAUCAUCUGUUGUUCUCUCUGACCAACAGUCCAAAACUCAUUCUCUGAUUAUCAAGUCCUGUUGUCAGAAUAGAACCCUACGUGAUAUCAUGGAAUAGAGUAUAAAUAGCAGCCAAUUCUGGAACAUUUUGCAUGUCAUUUCUUCACUUUGUAAGCUGCUCAAGUGUCAUUUCUGUAUUUUUUUAUACCAUUUUGUGUUUCGUUUCUAUGCUUCAUAAGCUUUUCAUAGUUAAUUUGCAUACUUUUUGAGCUAUUCAUGUGUCAUUUCUAUGCUUUUUAAGCCUUUUGCGUGUCAUUUUAAGGUAGGGGUGUCAAACUCAUUGUAGUUCAGGGGUCACAUACAACCCAAUUUGAUCUCAAGUGGGCCGGACCAGUAAAAUCAGAGCACAAUAACCUAUAAAUAACCACAACUUAAAAUUUUCCCUUUUUUGUGCAAAAAAGUACAUUCUGAAAAUGUUCACAUUUAAUGAACAGCCUGAAAUUUCUUCAGAAAAAUAAUUUCAACAAUAUUAUGCCUCAGUUUAUUAUUUACACAUUACAACUUACAGAUCACAGUUCAUCUACAAAGGCACAAAACAUUCAGUCACAAAGGUUAAGUGCUGCAGUAUAUUGUCCACAUCUGGAAGGAAGAUGGGGGUUGUAAAUGUCCAAAGGGUUUAAGAAUCAGGCUAAUUUACUGGGUAGGUUUUCUGUGGUGCAGAUGAGGAAGAACCUGGGAUGCCAAUGAAAUCACAAUGUGGGGUAUAGCCUCGUUUUUGACAGUUUGGUCAAUAUUUGAGCAAAACUUCUGUCCCUGAAACAGGAAAUGCUCUUUUAAGAUGCAUUUUUACAUUUAAUUUUUUUGCACAAACUUACUUUUGUAAUGUUGAAUGCAGUCUUUUUUUAUGAAAUAUCCCCCUAUGAUUGUUUUAUUUUUACCAUAUGAUCAAAAAACACUUGUCAAGGUCUAGAAAUUACUUUAAAUUUACAUUCAUUUCCACAUCAAUGUAGUAAUCCUGACCACCUGUACAGGAAGAAUGUUUAAUUAUCCCUCUGACUUGUAAAGGUAUAAAAUUUAUGCAUAAAUACAUAAAAGUUGUGGCAGUACAGUGGACAUUUAAAUUUAAAGUUAAAACAGCGAUUACAUUUAUUGAAAAAAUGCAAUUAAUGUUGUAAUUUUUACACUUUUGCAAAGUUGUCCCUCAGUCCAGAUUGGACCGUCUGGUGGGCUGGUUUUGGCCCACAGGCCUUAUGUUUGACACCCCUGUUUUAAAGCAUAAAUAACACAAGAGAAGAUCAGGGUCACAUGUCAUUUAUUGUGCAUUAUUCCAGUGGCACACUGAGCUACAAACAUAGCUUUCUAUGAUAGCAGGCUGUAGAACUAGGUAGAUCCACAAAGAACUUUCUUUUUUUUAAAUUUCUUUUUAGUUAAGAUUCUUUGAGGCACCUUUUGGUGCUCUUUAGAAAACAAGACUUUUACUAUAAGCUUCUUUGCAAAAAUGGACAUUGUUCUUCUGUACCAACACUGCAAAGAACCGUUUUUUGUUUAAGUAAACAUCUUUAUUUUUCUGACAGCAUUUUAUAACAUUUUAUACAUUUUAUAGCAGCAACUCGUCUAUUCUUCAUUUCCUCUUUUCAUUUCUAGCUAAGCAGCAGCAUUUUUUUAAUCUUUUUUUUUUUGUUUAGGAAAUUAGCUGGAAAAUAUGGUAUCUAUAAAAGAAAGCUUUUUUUGUCAGGUCUACACUGGAAGUGUGAAUGUGUUGCUCUGUGUGAAUUAACAUUUGCUGCUUGUGCCUACAUUUUGUCAAAGUGUUGUUUUAUUAUGUAGUGAACAGUGUAGGAAACGGCUAUUAACACAGGCACUAAUUCCAUCAGUUCUACUGUACAGAUCUGGGAUCGGUGUGUCAGAAUAUGCUGGUGUUUAUUUUUUAUCAUGUGUUUCUAAUAAUAUGAUGUAACACAAACUGUCUGAGUGCCAUUCAUCAUGUGCAGUUAUAAUAAGUGGUGACUCAUCUGGUUGAUUACACAGUGCAGCCUUGCACAAGAUAGGCUUAUUAAUGUGUAAAAGGAAAAAUGUAAUUAUUCCUAAUUUUGUUAUCAAUAAAACAUAUUAAACAUAUAUAAGUUUGAUGAAAAGUUGUUGAUAAAUCAGAUUCUAGAUAAAGAAAGUUUUUUUAAAAGCAUGAUAACCUGCAUCUCUUUGAUGAGACAUUUUAUUUCACCACACAAACUGUCACAGCAUCUAUUUAAACACACAGUAGGAUUGUAAUUUUACACUAUGUUUAAUUUCAGUUUUAAAUAAAUAAAGUUUGUUUCCUUUAUGA